AUGGAGAAAUUAGCAAAUCUAACUGAAGCAGAUAUCAAUAAUGGUGUACUUAUGCGUAUGCUUGUUAAUGCAGGUAUCCCUGAUGUUCAACAAUAUGUCAAACAUUUCAAUCGAGAAGUCGAGGAGAUCGUAGUCGAAGAAUUCGAACAUUCCGCUAGACAUAAGUCAUCGAAUGAAGAGCAAAGCGCUCCUCCAACUGAUAUGCAAAGUUGGCUCACAGGUUUAAGACCUCGUUUGGAUGAACCGAUUAAAUCAACUGAACCGCAAAAACAACAACCAACUGAUCUUCAUAGUUGGAUGCACAGUAUGGCAUCUAGUGAUCAACAGGCACCUGUAGACAGCACUCCAUCACAAACAAUCAACAGUAGUUCGAGUGAUAGUCCUGCUGUCACGGGUGAUAUCGGAAUUUGGCUUCAUAAUUGGUCGACAAACCUUACUGAACAACCACCACCUAAGUCUCUUGAUGAUUGGUUAAAAGGUUUAGUACCCGAAAAUAUGAGUGAAUCUAUUGGAAAAGAAGCUAGUUCUAAAGGUCGAUUGAAUACAUAUCUGGAUGCUGCUGAGAAAGUUCUUUCUGGAUAUGGUUAUGAUGUUUCAAAUCCAACUAAACCUACCAAUAAUGUUCCAGCNUUGGCUUCAUAA